UUCCGGGCUGGCUGCUUGUAAUGCUUUAGAAAAUGGCUGCUGCGGCUGUUGUGGACGCUUCCCCUGGUAAAGAUGUGGUCGCUGAGGGGCUGCUCGACCUCCUUAAGCCCGCUAUUCAGCAGCUCGACCUUCAUGUUCACUCAGUCAGAGAAAGCCAAGUAGAAUUAAGAGAACAUAUAGACAACCUGGCCACAGAGUUAUGCAGGAUAAAUGAACAUCAGAAGGUUGCACUUGACCUGGAUCCUUAUGUCAAAAAGCUGCUGAAUGCAAGACGUAGAGUAGUACUAGUAAACAACAUACUACAGAAUGCUCAGGAACGACUGAGGCGCCUCAACCACAAUGUGGCCAAAGAGACAGCCCGAAGAAAGACCAUGCUGGAGGCUUCAGGAGUUUUCACGUCCCGCUCCCCUAGUAAACCCUGACUCUUCUCCUGCCUUUCACAGGAAUACUGUGUCUUGAACAGGAGGGACAUGUCAGUACGGGAAACUGUAACAUGAAGAGGACAAGUCUUACUUUGAUAUUUAUUUAGCUGUUUUUCUAAUCACAUGCUGAUGUUCUGCAUUGGUUUGUCUGAUGUCAUCAGUAUAAAUCCAGGCUACUAUCUUCUUUAUAUUAGGUCAAUGGAUUAUUGUCUAAUUCUCUGACAAAAUGCCUGCUUUAACAGUAUCACAAAUUCAUACAAUUUUUAUUGCAAACAUGUUGCCAUUAAAAAGACGUGGCCAUCCACAUUUAUUUGAGUUUCUGUCUUGAUAAAGUGUACGGGUAUCACUGAACUCUCCCUCUUUGUGUUCCAAAUUGUGUUUAUAGGUGACUCUGGGUUCUCUAUGAAGCUCUGCUGACAUAAAUGUGUUGUAGCAAAUCACACAACCUAAAGCAUAAUGUUAUGAAAUAGUUUUUAUAGUAGAUGAAGAAAAUGAAACUUUCUUUGUAGGCUGUCUCCAUGAUUAUGCAAUAUAGUACAUGUGACCAUUGUUUUAUAUGCAUUGUGUCAUUAAGUAUACAAUUAUGUCACAUGUCCAUUUCAUGUUAAUCAACUGCUUUAGAAAGUGCAAAUUUGUUAAAAUGCCAAUCAAAAAUAAAGCAAAGAUUUAAAUGUGUAUUGCAACCCACAUAAUAAAGGUCAGAAGGACAAAAUGUUGAUCUUUGAUGAGACAUUUA